AUGGCGUUCUUUCUCACCAUCGUGCUGGCUUUCCUGUCCGUCGCCAGUGCAGCAUCACUGUCUGCCAAUUAUCCUAUCAACGCGCAAUUGCCACCUGUUGCCCGAGUUUCACAGCCUUUCCGAUUUGAAUUCGCCCAAAGUACUUUCUCCAACAGUGACGCGGACACUAAAUACUCUCUAUUAAACGCACCAUCAUGGCUUGAAGUGGACAGCACCAGUCUCACCCUAUCCGGUACACCGCACUCAGGCGACAGUGGCGCGAUCACUUUCAAGCUUGUGGCAUCGAAUGGAUCGGAAAAAGACAGCAUGGACGUUACUCUAAUCGUGACAGCAGACCAGGGACCGACGGUGAACAAACCGCUUGUACCUCAGCUGCAGAAGUUGGGACCGGUCUCAUACCCUGCCACGCUGUUCAUUCACCCCGGUAUUCCAUUCUCGAUUGAGUUCGAUCCGGAUACCUUCAACAACACGCAUCCCUCCACGAUCUACUACGGGACAUCGCCAAACAACGCCCCGCUACCUUCCUGGGUCAACUUUGACCCGGCAGCCCUGAAAUUUGUUGGAAAUAGCCCUGCUUUUCCAGGCGCGGGGCCUCAAACGUUUACCUUCCAGCUGAUCGCAUCAGAUGUAACUGGAUACAGUGCGGCCAAGAUGACUUUUGAACUAUCGAUCGGUCCCCAUAUUCUGACAUUCAACGAGACUGUCCAGACUUUUAACCUUACGAGGGGAGAGGAGUUCAACAGUCCUAAUUUCACUAGUCUUCUCUCUAUGGAUGGUUCGCCAACUUCUAUCAAAAAGCUGGCAAAAGUCGAUGCUGAACUGCCGAAUUGGUUGAAACUGGAUAAGGACAAUAUAUCGCUGAGCGGGACGCCACCGAAUAAUGCUGUGAACCAGAAUAUUACUAUUGCCGUUACAGACUCUUUUCAGGAUCAAGCGCAGUUGAUGGUUCGCCUAGAAUUCCUCAAGCUGUUCCUCGAUACUGUCGAUGGCUGCGAGGCCGCGAUUGGCCAGGAGUUCAAGUUUGUGUUCAACCAGUCUAUUGUCACUGAUGACUCUGUACAAUUGGAGGUCGAUUUGGACAACGAUCUCACAUGGCUUACUUACUUCUCGGACAACAAGACUCUUUACGGACACGUUCCGGAUGACAUGGAUCCUAAGAAGUAUACCAUCCCUCUUACUGCAUAUCAAGGAUCGACCAAAGACACAAUGGACUUCAUUCUCGAUGUGCUGAGAGCCUCGGACACACACUCGAAUCCCACAGAUCCGUUUACCAAUUCUAACAGCCCCAACCACAAGAAGGCUGGCAUCAUAGCCAUCUCAGUUGUGGUUCCAUUCGUGGUGAUUCUGAGUCUGCUGAUUCUCUUCUGCUGCUGGCGUAGUCGCAAGAGCUCAGCCACGGUCGAAGAAGGUCCGUCCGACAGCAAGAUUCCUCCGCCACGACCUGUUAGGCCAGAUGUUCCUAAUUGUCAGCCAUCCAUGGCGGAAAGACCUUCUCGUGAUGACAAUUCCGAAGAUUGGAUGAGUCCUAUCUCCCCAUCGUCGAUUCCCAAGCUCGAACUUGGGCCCGCGUGGAACGUGUCAUCAUUUGAUAAACGGGAGCACCCAGUUAACUUUACUAUCCCUGAGCCCGUUGUUCCCCCUCGCUCUCCUGCUCGCAACUCUCCCACUCGCAACUCUCCCAUUCGCGGGGGCUUUGUCCCACUACGAGACCCCAUCACCCAAGAGGACAACCCAGUCCAAACUGUCUCACCUUCCAGGAAGCAAAACAAUCGCCUCUCAUACACCAACAGCCCUGUGCGUCGUAGAACCACCAACCGGUCCCGACGAGAGCCAUUGAAGCCGAUCCAAGCGCGAGCCGUGAAGCGAGAAUCUCUCCAAUCAUCCAAGUCCAAGAGAUACUCAAAGCGCUCAAGCGGUAUUUCCUCCAUUGCCUCUGGACUACCUGUACGAUUCAGCGGAGCCGGCCAUGGUGCCGGCGGCUUCGGACCUCCUGGACACGGCGUGGUGCACGCAUCGUGGCAAAACGCACGAGCAUCAAUGCUGAGCGAUGAGACUAGCCUAACAAAUAUGGCGCCGAUUUUCUCGCGUCCGCCAGCAGCAGGACGCAUGCGCCACAGCAUGGCAUCCAGCCUCCACGACAACUACAAGCGUAUGACCCUACGCACUGUUGAGCCCGACGACUCCAUCCUUUCCGAAGCCGACUCCCUCGAAGCCUUUGUCCACAGCCGAGCCAAGCACCGCAACUCCUCCAACCCUCUCUUCUCCGCGCAAAUAAGCCGGCGCACUUCCUCGGGCAUGCGCGCACUCGACCGAAACCGCAGCAUGCGGAGUCGUGCCGACACCGUCUCCGUGUCAACCUUCAGCGACGAAUUCCGCCAAUCCAUCCAAGAACGUCCCUUAUCGACUGCGAUGUCCGCCUCUGACUACGGUGACGACAGCAACAACAACAGCCGCUUCUCUCAAUAUCAGAACUCCCAAUUUCAGAACCAGCCCGGUCUGUUUCCCCUUGCUGAGGGAAGCGUAUAUGGCCAGAGCCAGUUGAGUCUCGCACAAGACUACCGCGGUGCUAUCUCCCCGCUGCCGCGGUUCUGGAGCGAGAAUAGUCUGGGCAGUGCUCGGAAAUUGGAGGGCCAGGGCACCUCUCAGCCUCAGAAAGUGAAUGAUGAAAAUGCUAUGCCGCCCAGCUCGUCUAUGAUCUCGGAUUUGGACGAACAUCUGUCCCGCAAGGUCAGCCCUAGCAAGGACCCUGAUCAUCCGUGGUGGCUGUCGUCGCCUCUUGAGCCCCCGCGGCCGCCGAAGAGUGCUGAUAAUCGGGGUCUUCCUGUAGCCAGCAGUGGAGAGCUGGCAUUUGUUUGA